GAAGUUCGCUCAUUCAUCGACUCCGAGCUCUUCUGACUGAACGCAAGGCGUACGCGUCCUGGGAGACGCGUUGUUGCCAUCCCAUAAGGUGUAUACGGUAAGACAACUUCACUACCCGCAGCAUGGACAAGGACAACCGGGACGACUUCACUUUCGCCAAGUUGAGCGAUCUGAAACUACCGGUCACUUUUCGAAUAUCUCAGCUUGAAGGAACGCGGAAACCGCAUCCGUAUACUGAACUGCUAGAGAAACCGGAGUUGAGGUUUCACGGCGUUCAGCAGUCACCAGAGCUGUCCGACUUAUACGUCACCUGCCAGCUAAUCGCUGACAAUAAGCCUCUGACGAUUCCCUUCAGAACGUCUUACAAGGCGUUUAAGAAGGACUACACAUGGAACGAGUGGCUUACAUUCCCCAUCCGUUACUGCGACCUUCCCCUAAGUACUCAAAUCACCUUCACCGUGUGGGACAUAUCGGGCCCGAGAUCUGCCAUCCCAGUUGGCGGCUCCACAUUUCGUCUCUUUGGAAAGAAGCUGAGCCUUCGAAGAGGAAAGCAUAGAUUACUAUUAUGGCCGGACCGAGAGGCAGACGGCUCUAUCGAGACCUCAACACCUAGCAAGAUCGGCACACGAGACGAAGUGGGCAGGCUAGAGAAGCUCUUAAAAAAGUACGAAAGGGGUGACAUGCCGAAGUCUGAUUGGCUUGACGCUAUGGCCUUUCGCAAGAUCUCAGACAUACACAAAGCAGAAACGGACAAGUCAGACAAUCUGUAUCUCUACGUUGACUUGCCGCGCUUUGACUUCCCUGUGAUCUUUUGCGAGCCGGAUGGCUCAAGCUCAGCCUCUACGUCUACUGCUGCCGUCCAAACACCGGUGCCUCCCGUCGUUCCUCAACAGCCCAGCUUCAUCGUGGACUCGUCGUUGUGGCAAGUGGUCGACCCCGAUGUUGCGAGAGAGAACCCCGUAGAGGAUAAGCAUCGCCGACUGGUCCGAAGUCACCGGAGCAGUCCCUACGAUCGCGAACUCAAGCCCAAUGCAAAGAUCCGUGACGAGCUUUCCGAAAUUCUGAAUUACGCACCCAGUCAGCCUCUGACGUCCGAGGAGAAGGACCUGAUAUGGAAGUUCCGCUUCUACUUGACGAGGGAUAAGCGCGGAUUAACAAAGUUCCUCAAGUCUGUGACGUGGCGGGACCCAUCGGAAGUCAAACAGGCCGUCGAGGAGCUCCUGCCUCAGUGGACCGAGAUUGACACCGACGAUGCGCUGGAACUGCUCGGACCCAACACCGUCGACUCUCGAGUGAGAGCCUUCGCUGUGAAGCAACUCAGCAGAGCAGACGAUGACGAGCUCCUCCUGUACCUGUUGCAGCUGGUGCAGGCACUUAAGUUCGAGAGCGCUGCGAGUGAUCAGAGGUCCUCGCGCUCUACCACCAGCGCAAUAUCCUAUGAUGACAGCGGUCUCGCUGACUUCCUGAUCUACCGUGGUGUUCACAAUCCAAUACUUGGGAACCGAUUCCAUUGGUACCUCAUGGUCGAAGUCGCCAUCGAAGACCGGGUGAUCAAGAAGAUGUAUGGAAGGGUUGUAUACAACUUCAUGCAGAAGAUCGUGGAGUCUGAAGGAGGCGCCGAGCGCCGCGAUCUCAUGCGCCGCCAAGGCGAGCUCAUCGACACGCUCGCCAAGCGUGCACGCGACCUUCGUACCUCCAAGGAUCCACGCCCGAAGAAGAUCGAGAAACUGCGCGCGUUCCUCGCAGAUUCGAAGAAUAACCUCUCGUCAAUGGCACCGCUGCCUCUGCCGCUCAACGCGCGCGUCAUGGUCACGGGCAUCAUCGCGGAGAAGUCCAGCGUCUUCAAGUCGAAUAUGUUCCCGAUGCUGCUGUACUUCCAGUGUGCGGAUGGAUCGGAGUACCCGCUCAUCUUCAAGGACGGUGACGACAUGCGGCAAGACCAGCUUGUGAUCCAGUUGUUCACUCUCAUGGACAGGCUGUUGCGCAAGGAAAAUCUGGACCUGAAGCUCAGUCCCUACGAUGUCCUCGCGACGGGUCCAUUGCAAGGUAUGGCGCAGUUCAUUCCGAGCAAAACGAUCGCCGCCAUUGUGAGUGAAUACGGGACGUUGCUCAACUACCUGCGCGCGCAUUAUCCCGACGAAGGAAGCGUGGGGACCUACGGCGUAGAACCCGGUGUCAUCGACACCUUCAUUCGGAGUUGCGCUGGAUACUGCGUUGUCACCUACUUGCUCGGAGUUGGAGACCGCCACCUAGAUAACCUCCUGCUUGCGCCUGAUGGACACUUUUUUCAUGUUGACUUCGGUUACAUCCUCGGACGUGAUCCGAAACCUCUCGCACCGCCUGUGAAGGUGUGCAAAGAGAUGUACGACGCCAUGGGUGGUGUGCAGUCAGUCCACUACACGCGAUUCAAGAACUUCUGCUUCACGGCGUUCACCAUCCUGCGAAAGAGCGCUAACCUCAUCCUGAACUUGGUGACCCUGAUGGUCGACGCGAACAUCCCGCACAUCAAGCACCGUGAUGUCCAUGAGCAAGUACUUGGGAAAUUCUGCUUGGACCUCACGGAAGAACAGGCUAUCGAGCACUUCGAGAAGCUGCUCAAUGAUAUAUCACCCUUCACAGUUGUGUUGGAUAGGAUGCAUGACUGGGCGCAAUAUUGGCGUAGUUGAGGGCUCCCGCUGCGGCUGUACUUGUAGAGUGUCGGCUUGCCCUGCUUGCCAUGCCGACUUCACUUGACGGCGAUUUUGGGUGUGCGUCUCGCCGCGUAGCUUCAUCAUAAUGAGGAGUAUGUACAGUAAAUCUCGUACAGUAUCUCGAUUCGACACGGACACAAGUUUGUCAUUGGAAAAUGCAUCGAAUUGUAUUAUUAGGUAAGACAUCA